AUGGGUUCACCGGGCAAACCCCCAAUCUUCGAUGGAUCCGAUUACGACUAUUGGAAGGUGCGCAUGUGUGCCUAUCUUUUGAGUCUAGGUUCCGAGGUCUGGGAGAUUUGCGUGGACCCUGAUUAUGUGAACCUUGCGGUCCGCACGACCGAGCUUCAGGUUAGGAGACAUGAGGUCAAUAGCAAGGCGUACAACGCUCUCAUAGCCUGUCUCUCUCGUCCUGAGUUCGAUCGUGUCAGCGACCUUCUCACAGCCCGGGAGAUCUGGAGACGGUUGGCAAAUUUCCAUGAAGGAACCAACCAUGUCAAGUCGAGGCUGUAUGAGACUCACCGGCGGGACUACGAGAACUUUUCUCAGUUCCCGGCUGAGUGCCCCAAGAAGAAGAGUUCCAGGGAUGAGGACGACCCCUCCAGGCACGAGGAGUACCGCGAGCACCGCCACAAGCACCAGAGUGGGCACUCCCACAAGAAGAAUGGCGGACGCUCCAAGCGGCACCACGAGCGGAAGAAGAAGAACGUCGGCAAGUACAAGAACAAGCAGGCGUUUGUCGCCCAAAGCGAGGAUUACUCAUCCACCAGCCAGAGUUCUACGUCUUCAUCUUCAUCCAGCUCCAGUGACUCCGACUCACACCACCGUGGCGAGAAGAAGCGGAGCUCCAAGAAGAAGGCCACGGAGGGCUUCACCGGCCUUUGCCUCCAUACUGGGAAGGCGGCUGGUUUCUGCUCCAUGGCCAUCGACUCCGACGCCGACGGAACUCCUUCCACCACUGCAGAGCCUGCACCUCAGCCAGAGCCAAGCUCUGAGGUACGUCCUGAGCACCCCACUCCUGAGGAGUUGGAGGAUCUUUACACUGCUCUAGAUAAUCAGGAUUUGAUCAUUAAGGAUGCUAAGAGGCAGUUUAGAGCUUUGAGACAGGAGCUGAAGGAAGUUAAACUAGCUUUAGAGAUUGCUCAGUCUGCCCCUAUUGUGGAGGAUUGUGUUGAGGAGGAUGAGUGCAGUCAGUGCAUCGGCUUGAUGUCUGACCUUUCCGAGCUCAGGAGCAAUCUGAUCUCUGAGCUUGAGGAGGCACGGAAGGACAAGACCCGGAUGGAGGAGGAGAACUCCCACCUUCGGGAGAUUCUUAGUCGGGUGUCCGCCCGCGAGCCUCAGUUGGGCAUGAUGGUUCAGCAGUUUAAGCGUCCUGAUGGUGUUGGGGUUGGUUUUGCUUUUACUCCUGCUGACUUUGUCCAACCCUAUGGUAAGAUUGGUGAGAUACUUGAGCCGAGUGUGAAUGCACUUUCUUCUUCCACAGCUCCACCAGUUCCUAAGCCAGCACCAGUUAAGGAUGAAAUCCUCACUGAGCCACCCAAAGCUCCACCUAAGAAUCCAGUGUGGGUUCCCAAGCCUAACCAUCUCAAGAACCGACUGGAUACACUCCCUCCUAGUGGUAAGCCAAUUCCUAAGCCCAAGCUUAUUUUUUUCCUCCCCGCCGCGGCCGCUCGCCUGUGCGCCCGCGCGCGAGCCGCUGCUCGCCUGCGCCGGUCGUCGCGAUUGCCCUCGCCCCCGACCUCGCGCGCGGCGCCAGGGCGAAGCGCCGCCCGAGCUCCCGCGCGCCCUCUCCUCCCGCUCGCUCCUUUCUCCCCAAACCCUCGAGCGCACCUCCGAGCUCGUCGGCCCCUCACGCCCCAACCGCGAGCGUGGGCGCCUCCAAGCUCGACAGCGCGGGCAGCUGCCUCUAAGCUCCCCGGCUUUUUCGCCUCCCACGUGCCCCGCGGCUCUUUGUGCGAGUUCCACGGCCCACCGCGCCGCUCACUGCCGACGAAGUUCCGUGCCGAGAUUCCAUCUUCCCCUUGUUCUCCGGCCUCCGAGCGGACCGGCCGGCGGGCCCCUCCGGCCUCCCCAGCGCUCCACGGCUCCCCGACGCGAGGCCCACGGCGCCUGCCGGCUCCGAGCAGUCGGCGCCUCCAAGCUCCUCCACCCCCACCCCCGACUCGUUCACAAGAUUGUAGGGCUCAAUUGAGGCUGACGCCCCAAGGACCAUGGUACACGCCACAGGCAGAGAUGGAGAUUGGAGAGUCUACAGCGAUGGAAGCUGCAUGAGGAAAUAUAUUUGCUGACAAGAUGACAAGAUGAUCGGGAUUUUGAUUAAAGACAUCGAGCGUCGUCGUUUCUAUGGGUAUUUAUGGGGGUGCUUUUUAUGCUACUCUUUUUCCCUUAUGUUUCGGUUUGCAUUGUGGCACUUGUAAAGGCUCGAGUUCCCUAUAUUUUUUAACCAAUUAAGUGGAAGUAUAGUUCUUGAAUCAGUUCUUUGAUUCUUUCUUACAGUGGUUAUAACAGAUGACAUUUCAUUGGUUAUUUAAAGCUAUUCAGUGCUUAACUACUUAUGCUAUAAAAAACACUUUCACAGCAUUA